GCUUCCCUGGCAUCACUAGUCGGACAGCUGACUGACAGGUGUUGUGUUUUGCUGUACGGCAAAAUAUCUUAAAACGAUAAUUUUAUUAAAGUUAAUGAAGUAAACAAACAAAUAUGACUCUUUUAGAAGAUACUUUGAUCAUUCUUAUAUCCCAGACGUUUUUCUUCGUCGGCGGCUGGAUAUUUUUCGUGAAGCAGUUAUUUCGCGACUAUGAAGUCCACCACACGAUGGUACAGCUCAUAUUCUCAGUCACGUUCGCCCUGAGUUGCACUAUGUUUGAGCUAAUUAUUUUUGAAAUCAUUGGUUACUUGGAUUCAAGCUCAAGAUACUUUCAUUGGAACCUGGGACUUUACUCACUGCUCUUUAUGGUUAUAGCACUAAUACCAUUUUAUAUCGCAUAUUUCUGCAUCAGCAACGUCAGGUUUGUCUCCCAAAACAUGAUAAGACCACUAACAGUAUUUGUGUGGUUCAUUUAUUUGUACUUCUUCUGGAAAAUUGGAGACCCAUUUCCUAUUUUGAGCCCUAAACAGGGAAUAUUCUCCAUAGAGCAAGGGGUGUCUCGGAUUGGAAUCAUCGGAGUGACCGUCAUGGCUCUGCUCUCUGGUUUUGGUGCUGUCAACUAUCCGUACACAUCUAUGGCUAUUUUCAUAAGACCCGUCACCCAAUCCGACGUAUUGUCAAUAGAGAAGAAACUCCUCCAAACAAUGGACAUGAUAUUGGUGAAGAAGAAAAGGAUAGCACUAGCCGAAGCCAACAGUGUGGGAGGGAGACAGAACUACAGCAUGAUGGACCAGUCGAACGUGAAGAAUAAGGGGGGUUUUUGGACGAAUAUACUGUCAAGUGUUGGCAGUAUAGCGAAUCCUUUAGGACAGGGCACAGAAAACAUAAACCAGCUCCGGCAAGAGAUAGCCGGCCUAGAGGAACUAAGCCGACAGUUGUUCUUAGAAGCGCACGACGCCCGCACAAUGCGUGAGAAAAUCGAAUGGUCUCACACCUUCCAGGGGAAGUAUUUUAACUGCCUCGGGUAUUUCUUCUCGCUGUACUGCAUAUGGAAGAUAUUUAUUUCAACAAUAAACAUAGUGUUCGACCGCGUCGGCAAGAAGGAUCCAGUCACUCGCGGCCUUGAGCUCGUGGUGCACUGGCUCGGGCUGCGCAUCCACGUGGCUUUCUGGUCGCAGCAGCUGUCCUUCGCGCUCGUCGGGUGUAUUCUACUUACUAGUAUACGGGGGCUGUUGCUCACGCUCACCAAGUUCUUCAACAAGAUCUCCUCAUCAAAAUCAUCGAACAUCAUCGUGCUUAUUCUGGCCCAAAUAAUGGGCAUGUACUUCUGUUCGUCAGUACUAUUGAUGCGGAUGAAUAUGCCUCCAGAAUACCGGAUCAUCAUCACCCAGGUGUUAGGAGAUUUACAGUUUAACUUCUACCAUAGAUGGUUCGACGUUAUUUUCCUAGUUAGUGCGUUGACGAGUAUAUUUACGCUGUAUUUGGCACAUAAGCAGCCUUCGGUGAGUUAGGUAGUUGUUAAGUACAAUGAUUUGUAAAGUUUAACGUGUAAUUUAUAGGUCUAUUCCACCUUGAACACCUGAAUUAGAUCAUCCAGGUGAUCAAAGUGGAAUAUACCAAUUUAUAGGCUUAUAUUUUGUUCGAAAAUCGCACCUAUUUCAAGAUCAUAAGAUGCUUAAAUGUUUGGCUGGAUGUGCCGUUGUUUAUAGGAUAAGCCACCCGUACAAGCACAACUCAAAACACACACAUAUUUUGGUGAUUUUUAAAUACUUACUUUGUUUUUCGACCAUUUUAUAUUACCUAAUAUUCAGUGAUAAAGUUAUCAAAGCCUAAUGUAAACAUUUUCUGCAACACUUCUUUGUAAAAAAGUUACGAUAUAAUAAUGUAAAAUACUGUAUUUGUAACUGCUUGUACAUAAUAUUUUGUUAUGUAAGUCGAUUGAAUAUUCGGCCAUUAUUUAUGGCUUAUUCCACUAUUCCCCGUUGAUAAUCCCCGUCAAUUAGGAUGUAAUGGGGAUUAAUGAACUUUUUAUAAGCUCCAAUUGGCGUUAACGGGGAAUAAUGAACACUAAUCCCCUUAACUUGGAUUG